UUAUCCAAAGAGACCAAACAAAUCCCAGAACCGCACCGUCGCCUGGUAUCGCCUCCGUCCCCCUCUUCCUCCCUCAGCUGCCAAUGGAGACCAACGGCCCGAGGUGAGCCUCCAGAUCGGCCUGGGCUCGUCAAUGGCGUCACUGGCGCCGCACUUCAAGUGGGCCCCGUCUCCUUCCUCAGUCACUCACUUGCACCACCACCCUUCCGCAUCGUCCACGUCUUCCAACUCCGGCAGGAGCUCCGGCCGCAGCCCCUUCGGCGUCCAGUGCGCUGUGACCUCUGCCGCUGCAACAGUCUUCCACGCUGACAGCGUCACUUGUGGGCCACUCCGCCUUGUUUACUCGUCUCCGGACACCGCGCCGGUUCUCCAGAGAAAUUUCGACACAGCUCUGGCAUCAGAAAUACUUCUGAACGAAGAGGCUGUUGUAACCGCUGCAGCUGCAGAGGCAGUUGCUCUUGCAAGAGCAGCUGCUGAAGCUGCCCAAGAAGUUGUUCAUAUGGUACAGAAAAAUAGUUCCCCGCCCAUGUUUAGACAAAAAAGGGAAGUGGAAAACUACUUGGCAAAAGAAAUCCUUCGCACUGAAACAUUAUCGAGCAGUCUAAACGAAUAUAGUGAUGGUUUUCUAUUGAAGGACUUAGAACCAUAUGGCAUUAUCAGUGAUGAAGCUGAGCUAGAUGAUGAUACUGAGGACAUUCAGCACAUAGCUGUAAAGUCUGCACGUCAAUCCGAGAGAAGAGCUCGGAGAACAAGGGCAGCAAUAAAGGCAGGUGCAACAGUCCUUAGCUCACAAAAAUUAGCAACAUCUUCGAAGAAGAAGCGAUCCAAAGGUCCCUCGACUAGCAUGAAUCCUUUAGGUUCCCUGUGGAAGAUGACUGGCCGGAAACUUCUUACAGCAAAGGAAGAGGUUGAGCUCUCAAAUGGUAUUCAGGAUCUCUUGAAGCUGGAGGCAAUCCAAGCUGAGCUUGCAGAAUACAAUGGUGCUCAGCCAACCUUCCCACAGUGGGCAGCUGCAGCUGGAACUGAUGAGAGCACUUUGAGGAAACGCCUGGAUCAUGGUAUUCGUUGCAAGAACAGAAUGGUAACAUCUAAUGUGCGACUGGUAAUCUCUAUCGCCAGAGAGUUUGAAGGUCCAGGACUGGAGCUCUAUGAUCUUAUCCAGGAAGGAAUGCAGGGCCUUAUAAGAGGUGCUGAAAAGUUUGAUGCAUCAAAGGGUUUUAGGUUCUCCACGUAUUCUCACUGGUGGAUCAAACAAGCAAUGAGAAAAUCCGUCUCCGAGCAAACCCAGAUAUUUCGCUUACCAGCUCACAUGGUUGAGGCAAGUUAUCGUGUGAAGGAGUGCACAAAACGACUUCGUCGUAAACUUAAAAGACGACCCUCUAACGAGGAAAUAGCAGUGGACAUUGGUAUGCCUGUCAAACGAGUUGAGGCGGCAGUAAACCUCCCAAAGUAUAGUGUAUCUCUUGAUAGCAAAAUUGGUAGCACAGACAUGACUUACCAGGAGGUCACAGCUGAUCCCAGCGCUGAGACAGCUGAAGAAAUGCUGAAUAGAAUAUCAAUGAAGAAGGAUGUGCAUCAGGCACUCGAUACCUUGAGCCCACGUGAGAGGCAAGUCGUCAAGCUGAGAUUUGGAAUCGAUGAUCUUAGGAUAAGAACUUUGCAGGAGAUCGGUAAUAUCAUGGGUGUCAGCAGGGAGAGGAUUCGUCAGAUCGAGUCUGGUGCCUUUAGGAAACUGAGGGGCAAGAAAAAGGUGAAGUCUUUGAAGGAUUAUCUGGUCCCUGUAGGCAAUUGGUGAACUUUUUCUCUGCACAAAGCAUUUCUCUCUCGAAUUUAGUUUUGUUUUCGAGGAUCCUUGUACCAUUUAUGUAGGUCCAGUUGUAAAAUACGUUAUCAGAGUAUUUGUUUUCCCAGAGUUCCAUAAUGUAGUUCAAACGAAGGAAUAAAUAAUUUUUGCCCAGACCCA